AUGAAGGAUGUCCCAUAUUCAAAUGCAAUGGGUAGUAUGAUGUAUGCUAUGAUAAGCACUAGACCGGAUAUAGCCUAUGGUACUGGGUUAGUAAGUAGGCUCAUGAGCAAACCAAGUCCAGAACAUUGGAAGGUUACAAAGUGGUUAUUGAGGUAUUUGAAAACCUCAUCACAACUGAAGCUAAAGUAUUGCAGAGAUGAAACAACAAGUACAAGGAUUGUAGGCUACUGUGAUUCAGAUUUUACAGAUCAUUUGGACAAGAGAAGGUCCAUUUCGGGUUAUGUUUUUACACUGCGAGGAAAUACCAUCAUUUGGAAGUCAAGUCUGCAGCAUGUGGUGGCUUUGUCAUGCUUGGAAGCGGAAUACGUUGCCUUAACUGAAGUUGUAAAGGAAGGAAUUUGGCUCAAAGGGUUGGCUAGUGAACUCGAAAUUGAGCAAGGUAAAAUUAUUGUAUUUUGUGACUCCCAAAGUGAUAUUCAUUUGUCUAAGAAUAGCAUGUUUCAUGAUAGGACGAAACAUGUGGAUGUUAGCCUUCAUUUUGUAAGGGAUAUCAUCUCCAAGAAGUUGAUUGAAGUGGAGAAGAUUGAUACUAAAAUAUAUCCAGCAGAUACAUUUACUAAAUUUGUUCCAGUUAGGAAGUUCCAAGAGGCUUUGGAAUAG